AUGUUUGCGCGCCCACGGCCAAAGAAGGGCUUACUCGUACCGCCACCGAAGAAACGCAAGGCUCAGCAUUUGAUCGAAGAGAUCAAAUUUGAUAACGAUGCUCGUUCCGAUUAUCUGACCGGCUUCCAUAAGCGCAAAUUACAAAGGAUAAAGAAUGCACAGGAACAGGCUGCUCAGGAGGGCCAGACAGGAAAAGAUCGAGAUUAG